AUGCCCAAAUUCGUCCCCCGGCAGCGGAAACAAAAGCACCGGCGCCAAGAGACGACAAGUGCGCCGGUCGACACCAACAUUGCGGAGCUUGCGCCGGUCUCGAAAGAUGAGAAAGAAGCGCGGAGGCAGAAGCUGCGAGAUGAGCUGCGCGAUCAGCAUGCCAAUGUCUCCUCCAAGAAGCAGAAGCGUUUGGACAAAUACAUUGAAAACAAACUCAAGAAAGAAGAGAACGUAGAGCUUCUGAAGAAGCUUGCCCAAGCGAACGUCGACACCUCCGCACUUCAGACAUCGAGGGAUUUGGGGAAGCGCAAGAGGCAGGAUGCCAGAGCUCCCGUUACGGCUCCUGCGCACGCCUCCACACCUGGAGACGACUCGGACCACUCUGAUCUCGAGUGGCAGGAUCCAACAGCAUCUAUAUCGGCACCGAAGCCCCAAAUACCCCAAGGACCCGUUGGAAGUGGAUUAAAGCGCCCUCUCGAACUUGGACCGGAUGGUUUCCCAGUUAUCAAAAAACGGAAGCGUUCGGGCAAGUCGAAGCCCGUACCUACACCUGCGCCUGAGCCCUCCUGGGAAGGUUUCGGAUCAGAUGGCGAGGAUGCGAGCGAAGAUGAGGAGAAAGUUGAUUCCGACAACUCAGAGCCCGAGUCCGACAUUGAAGAUGAUUCCGAUGCCCAGGAUUCUGGUGAUGCUUCUGAGGCCUCAUCCGAAGGUUCUUCUGACGAGGAGGAAGAUUCGGAUGACGACUCGGAGGAGGAUGACGAGAAAGUCGAAGAGAAUGAUCGUCGCAUCAAGCCCCGAGAGUCGGCGUUCAAAUCUUGGGCUGUACAACAAAUCAAUGAGGCCAUAGGGUUCAAACCCACCGAAGGCCCAGUGAUUCAUGACUCAGUACAACACGCAUUCGCGCCGCCCAGGAAAGAGCCCCAAAACACUGUUGAAAUGGAGGAGCCUCUUCCGCGGGAACUUGAAGUCACUACUGGAAACCCCUUCCGCAAGGCUUUUAGCGUUCCCGUCGAGCGUUCCGAAGAAAUCCAGACAGCUCGUCUUGGACUUCCGGUUGUCGGCGAGGAACAGAAGAUUAUGGAGGCUAUCUACAACAACUCCGUCAUUGUCAUUUGGGGUGCCACUGGUAGCGGAAAGACUACUCAGCUUCCUCAGUUCUUGUUUGAAGCUGGUUUUGGCAAUCCAGAUAGCCCGAACCCGGGCCUCAUUGGUGUCACUCAGCCCCGUCGAGUGGCCGCCGUGAGUAUGGCAAACCGUGUCUCCCAGGAAUUGGGUCAGUAUUCGGACCAAGUCUCGUAUCAGAUUCGAUUUGAGACCACAGUGUCCAAGAAGACCGCCAUCAAGUUCAUGACAGACGGUAUUUUGCUCCGAGAGAUUGCCGAUGACUUUGCCCUGCGAAAGUACUCUAUUCUCAUUAUUGAUGAGGCUCACGAACGCAGCGUUAACACGGAUAUUCUGAUUGGAAUGGUCAGCCGUAUUGUGGAUUUGCGCAAGUCAAUGAGCGAGGAAGACCCGUCUGUUAAACCGUUGAAGGUGAUCAUCAUGUCUGCCACCCUUCGUAUUUCGGACUUUACAGAGAACCCAAGCCUGUUCCGCGAAGGUCCUCCUCCAUUGGUCCAAGCCGAGGGUCGUCAGUACCCUGUGACUGUUCACUUCGCUCGUCGGACCCAGCGCGACUAUGUGGAAGAAGCUUUCCGCAAGGUUUCCCGAGGUCAUAGGAAGCUUCCAGCUGGUGGAAUGCUCGUCUUCUUGACUGGUCAGAAUGAAAUCCGACUGUUGUCGAAGAAGCUCAAGCAGGCAUUCAAACCAACACAGCGUAUCGAUACAACACAGGCUAGGGUCCAGAUUUCUGCCAAUGACGCACCUCUUGAGGCAGAAGACUUGGAGCUUGGUGGCAUGGAGAUGGACAAUAUAGGAGAUGAGGAGGAUGAUCUCGAAAUUAUGGGGCUGGACGAGCCAGAGGACGAUGAGGACUUUGACCUCGGUGAAGACGCCAUGGACUCUUCAACCAAGGUGCACGUUCUGCCGUUAUACUCGCAACUGCCAACCAAAGAGCAGAUGAAGGUGUUUGAGGCACCACCAGAAAACUCGCGCCUGAUCAUUCUUGCGACCAACGUCGCAGAAACGUCUCUUACCAUCCCUGGCAUCAAGUAUGUGUUCGACUGUGGACGAUCAAAAGAGAAGCAGUACGAUCUUUCCACUGGUGUCCAAAACUUCCAAAUCGGCUGGAUCAGCAAGGCCAGCGCAAAUCAGCGUGCUGGUCGUGCUGGUCGAACGGGGCCUGGUCAUUGUUAUCGACUAUAUUCCUCGGCAGUCUACGAGGCUGACUUUGCUGAUUACACUGACCCCGAGAUCCUCCGCACGCCCAUUGAAGGAGUCGUUCUCCAGAUGAAGAGCAUGGGUCUACACAAUGUUAUCAACUUCCCCUUCCCUACACCCCCAAGCCGACAAGGCCUCGCCAAAGCAGAGAAGCUGCUCAAGCAUCUUGGUGCCCUCACUGGUAGCGGGCAAGUCACCCAGAUUGGCCGUCGUCUCUCCACAUACCCUCUCUCCCCUCGCUUCGGUAAGAUGCUAUACAUCGGCCACCAGCAUGGCUGCAUGCCCUAUGUCAUCGCCCUCGUCGCAGCCCUGGCAGUCGGCGACCUCUUCGUCGCCGAGAACCAACUACCUGGCAAUGAGGCCAUGUUUUCCCAGAGCAAGAAGCCCGAGUCAGAUUCGGACACCAGUGACUCGGAAGACGAGAAGAAAGUCUACACCAAUGCUGACCGUCUCGAAGAAACCGAGCGCGAACAAAGGUCAAAGGAUUUCGCCCGUGUUCAUCGACUGCUUAGCAAACACGACGACACCAGCGAUGCACUCAAGUACCUCUCAGCUAUCUGCGCCUAUGCGUACGCACCGGAUGGCGAGUCCUUCUGCGAACAGAUGUUCCUGCGUGCCAAAGCCUUCAAAGAAGCAUCCCAGCUACGACACCAACUCUCUGAUAUCGUACGCUCCAAUAACCCAGGCCUCCUUGGCGCCUAUUCAGCCAAGCUGCCAGAACCCACACCCAAGCAACUCAAAGCGCUCAAGCAAAUUGUCACCGCCGGAUUCAUCGACAACGUCGCCAUCCGCGCGGACUUAGCCCCCGUGCCACCGGAAAAUCCUCGUGCGCCUCGCCGCGCCAUCGACGUGCCAUAUCUUACACUCUUCCGCUCACGCGACCGUCACGCAGACGACAUUGCUGAACGUGCAGUCUUUGUACACCCUACCUCGGUUCUGGCCAAGCUCACGCCAAAGGAAAUGCCACCAUACAUUGUAUACUCGCAUCUGCAACAGUCAGCGGCAGCGCCACUCUCGGGCCAGACACCCAAGAUCCGCAUGUUCCCGCUCGUGGCGCCUAGUGGCCUGCAACUCGCGGCUAUUGCCCAUGACACGCCGCUUAUCGAGUACGGCAAGCCUGUGGGUAAGACGGAGCUUUUGGAGGGCAUUCCGCAGCGCAGGUCUUGUUGGGUUGUGCCGGCGCUGGUGGGUGAUUCUGGGAGUACGGGGUGGCCGUUGCCGGCGAAGAAGGUGGUGCAGAGGAAGGAUCCUAAGGAGGGAUGGGUGAUUGAGAAGUUUGUGGCAUGA